AUGUGCUUUUUGACAGAGAUGAACUUAGAGGGGGACAGCGGCCUGUCAGUGAGCUGUGGCAAUGGGAAACUUAGACAGUGGCUGAUCGAUCAGAUUGACAGCAGUAGCUAUCCUGGACUGGUUUGGGAGAAUGGCGAGAAAUGCAUUUUCAGGAUCCCGUGGAAACAUGCGGGCAAACAGGACUACAAUCGAGACGAGGAUGCUGCACUCUUCAAAGUGCGUUUGGAACAACACACUCACUUCACCAUACUUCUCUACAGUUUUUUUCUUCUUCUACUUUUUAGUUACUAUUUACAACUUGUGAAUAUUGAAUAUAGUGUGCAGGUACCCCAUAAAGUAUUGCUAACUCAAUCAUAUUAAUUCACUCAAUUCACACUCCAGACCUAGUCUACUUGAGCAGGUGUAAUUUAUAGUAUUUGCUAUAGACUACCUGUUGGUUUUUUACUACAGUAUAACAACUGAUAAUCUUUGUUCAAGGCAAUGGAUAUUUGUUUAAGGCAGAGACCAUUUAAUGUUGAUUUUGAUGCAGGCCUACUAAUGCCUUACUUAUCGCCAGAUAAAUUGAAAUUGAAUGCAGAGAGAAAGUGUAAAUCAGUCAACUUAUUAUGCUGUUGAUUAUUGCAGGCUUGGGCAUUGUUCAAAGGGAAACACAGGGAAGGAGUGGACAAACCAGACCCCCCCACAUGGAAGACCAGACUGCGAUGUGCUCUUAACAAAAGUAAUGACUUUGAUGAGCUGGUGGAGAGAAGCCAACUUGAUAUAUCAGAUCCUUACAAAGUCUACAGAAUCAUACCGGAGGGAGCUAAGAGAGGCAAGUUUUGUUAAUCUAAUUGCUAUAUUUCCAAAGUCAAGUCAAUGACACAAGUGUAAACUGCUGUCAGAAAUGUCUACUGUACCAUAAUUAAAUGAUAUAGGCUACUGGCAGGUGAUGUCACAGAUUUCAUAUGUCAAAGGUAAUGAAAACACUAACUCUGAACAUAGCCAAGCAGACACACAUACAGCCGGCAAUGUUUCAUUUUGCCUCCAUCGUCUCAUGAGGCAGGAAGCAGAGAGGAAGCCGAUGCGUCUAACAAAAAGGCCUCAGGGCUUUUUUUUAGAGGGCUUCGGUUACCCAGAGCAGAAUGCCCAACAUACACACUUAACCUUGCAUAACGAAGGCUGAAGGCUAGACAGAAGACCCCUUUGUCACUCUCAUAUGUCAGUUAGGAGUGACUCUUAGAGACCAAAUCUGCAACCUGGGGAUGAGACACUUUAAACGAAUGUAUUGCAAGCAUGUAUAGUUUUUGUAUUCAACUUUUUGAAGGGGCUGAAUAGCAUGUGAGCUCUGUUGAAUAGGCACUAAUCAUGUUGACUAUAGUGAAUGUCUUCUUAUUGAGGAUCAAACACAUUUCUGAGGGACCACCACAUCAUUUUGGAUUGUGCAUUGUAGAUUCGAACAUAGAGAAUUCUAUGAUGUGAUGUCUAAUGUUACAUUUCUGUAAUGCAGGGAUCAAGAUGGCAGAGACAAUGACACACAUGAGCUCCGAGAGCAGCUACCCCAUGCACUCUCUGUACCCAACUCUACACAGCCAGGUAAAGUCAUUUGUUUACCCCUGCAACAGGUUCCUUCAAUGGUCUUAAGAUCUUCAAAGUUCUUCACAGCUCUCUCUCCCUGUUGUGUGUGGAUCAGGAACCCAUCACUGCCUGACUAACAUCUGUCUCCUCUCCCCCUGGCCUGUCUCAAGGUGUCUGGUGGCUACAUAGUUCCCCAGGAGAGGAAGGAGAGGAGGGAGUACAGCCACACACAGGACCACCAGCAGCAGCCUCAGCCUCAGCCUCAGCACCACCAGCCACCUCACGUUGAGCUGCAGUACAGUCAGUGCCACUACCCACCGCCACUCAGCCGACCGUGGCACACCGGGCCACACACAGAUAACGGUGAGACAUAGCAUGGCCAUGGGCAUGGGGUGGGCACUGAUUAUAGGAAAUAACAGAUAAUGGAGAGAUAAGAUUACACAGUAUAUUUUUGUUUAUUUAUUUAUUUAACCUUUAUAUAAACGCAACAAGAAACAAUUCAGUUACAGUUCAUAUAAGGAAAUCAGUCAAUUGAAAUAAAUAAAUAAACCCCUAAUCUAUGGAUUUCACAUGACUGGGAAUACAGAUAUGAAUCUGUUGGUCACAGAUACCUUAAAAAAAGGUAGGGGUGUGGAUCAGAAAACAAGUCAGAAUCUGGUGUGACCACCAUUUGCCUCAUGCAGUGCGACACAUCUCCUUUGCAUAGAGUUGAUCAGGCUGAUGAUUGUGCCCUGUGGAAAUGUUGUCCCACUCCUCUUCAAUGGCUGUGCGAAGUCGCUGGAUAUUGGUGGGAACUGGAAUACGCUGUCGUACAUGUCGAUCCAGUCCAGAGCAUCCCAAACAUGCUCAAUUGUUGACAUGUCUGGUGAGUAUACAGGCCAUGGGAGAAAUGGGACAUUUUCAGCUUCCAGGAAAUGUGUACAGAUCCUUGCGACUUGGGGAUGUGCAUUAUCAUACUGAAACAUGAGGUGAUGGCGGCAGAUGAAUGGCACGACAAUGGGCCUCAACAUCUCGUCACGGUAUCUCUGUGCAUUCAAAUUGCCAUCGAUAAAAUGCAAUUGUGGUCGUUGUCCGUAGUCUAUGCCUGCCCAUACCAUGACCCCACCCCCACCAUGGGGCACUCUGUUCACAACGUUGACAUCAGCAAACCAUAACCCCACCAUAGGGCAGGUGAAGAAUCCGGAAGUAGAAGUCCUGGGCUGCCAUGAUUACGCAGGGUCUGCGGUUGAACGUACUGCCAAAUUCUCUAAAACAUUACAUUUUCUGGCAGGAGCUCUGGUGGGCAUUUUUUUCUCAUCAAUCUACACACAAUACCCCACAAUGACAAAACAAAAACAUUUACAUAAGUAUUCCGACCCUUUACUCAGUAUUUUGUUGAAGCACCUUUGGCAGAGAUUACAGAUUCAAGUCUUGUGACGCUACAAGUUUGACACACCUGUAUUUGGGGAGUUUCUACCAUUCUUCUCUACAGAUCCUCUGAAGCUCGGUCAGGUUAGAUGGGGAGCGUUGCUGCACAGCUAUUUUCAGGUCUCUCCAGAGAUGUUAGAUCGGGUUCAAAUCCAGACUCUGGCUGGGCCACUCAAGGACAUUCAGAGACUUGUCCCGAAUCCACUCCUGCGUUGUUUUGCUGUAUGCUUAGGGUCGAUGUCCUGUUGGAAGGUGAACCUUCACCCCAGUUUGAUGUCCUGAGGGCUCUGGAGCAGGUUUUCAACAAGGAUCUCUCUGUACUUUGCUCUAUUCAUCUUUCCCUCAAGCCUGACUAGUCUCCCAGUCCAUGCCACUGAAAAACAACCGCACAAUAUGAUGCAGCCACCACCAUGCUUUACCGUAGGGAUGGUGCCAGGUUUCCUCCAGACGUGACUCUUGGCAUUCAGGCCAAAGAGUUCAAUCUUGGUUUCAUCAGACCAGAGAAUCUUGUUUCUCUUAGGUGUUUCUUGGCAAACUCCAAGCGGGCUGUCAUGUGCUUUUUACUGAGGAGUGGCUUCCGUCUGGUCAGUCUACCAUAAAGGGCUGAUGGGUGGAGUGAGGCAGGGAUGGUUGUCCUUCUGGAAGGUUCUCCCAUCUCCACAGAGGAACUCUGGAGUUCUGUCAGAGUUACCAUCGGGUUCUUGGUCACCUCCCUAACCAAGGCCCUUCUCUCCCGAUUGCUCAGUUUGGCCGGGUGGCCAGCUCUAGGAAGAGUCUUGGUGGUUCCAAACGUCUUGCAUUUAAGAAUGAUGGAGGCCACUGUGUUCUUGGGGACCUUCAAUACUGCAGAACUUUUUUGGUACCCUUCCCGAGAACUGUGCCUCAACACAAUCCUGUCUCGGAGCUCUAACGGACAAUUCCUUCAACCUCAUGGCUUGGUUAUUGCUCUGACAUGCACUGUAAACUGUGGGACCUUAUAUAGACAGGUGUGUGCCUUUAUAAAUCAUGUCCAAUCAAUUGAAUUUACCACAGGUGGACUCCAAUCAAGUUGUAGAAAGAUCUCCAGAAUUAUCAAUGGAAACAGGAUGCAACUGAGCUCAUUUUCGAGUCUCAUAGCAAAGAGUCUGAAUACUAAUGUAAAUAAGGUAUUUCUGUUUUUUAUUUGCAAACAUUUCUAAAAACCUGUUUUUGCUUUGUUAUUAUGGGGUAUUGUGUGUAGAUUGAUAUGGAAAAAAGUUAAUUUAAUCCACUUUAGAAUAAGGUUGUAACGUAACAAAAUGUGGAAAAAGUGAAGGGUUCUGAAUACUUUCCGAAUGCACUGUGUGUGUAUAUAUAUAUGUGUGUGUGUGUGUGUGUAUAUGUAUAUACAUACACUACCAGUCAAAAGUUUGGACACACCUACUCAUUCAAGGGUUUUCCUUCAUUUUUUAUAUGUUUGACAUUGUAGUAUAAUAGUGAAGACAUCAAAACUAUGAAAAAACACAUAUGGAAUCAUGUAGUAACCAAAAAAGUGUUAAACAAAUCAAAAUAUAUUUUAUAUUUGACAUUCUUCAAAUAGCCACCCUUUGCCUUGAUGACAGCUUUGCACAUUCUUGGCAUUCUCUCAAUCAGCUUCAUCAGGAAUGCUUUUCCAACAGUCUUGAAGGAGUUCCCACAUAUGCUGAGCACUUGUUGGCUGCUUUUCCUUCACUCUGCAGUCCGACUCAUCCCAAACCAUCUCAAUUGGGUUGAGGUCGGGGGAUUGUGGAGGCCAGGUCAUCUGAUGCAGCACUCCAUCACUCUCCUUCUUGGUAAAAUAGCCCUUACACAGCCUGGAGGUGUGUUGGGUCAUUGUCCUGUUGAAAAACAAAUGAUAGUCCCACUAAGCCCAAACCAGAUGGGAUGGCGUAUCGCUGCAGAAUGCUGUGGUAGCCAUGCUGGUUAAGUGUGCCUUGAAUUCUAAAUAAAUCACAGACAGUGUCACCAGCAAAGCACCCCCACACCAUAACACCUCCUCCUCCAUGCUCUAAGGUGGGAAAUACACAUGCAGAGAUCAUCCGUUCACCCACAACGCGUUUCACAAAGACACGGCGGUUGGAACCAAAAAUCUCAAAUUUGGACUCCAGACCAAAGGAAACAUUUCCACCGGUCUAAUGUCCAUUGCUUGUGUUUCUUGGCCCAAGCAAGUCUCUUCUUCUUAUUGGUGUCCUUUAGUAGUGGUUUAUUUGCAGCAAUUCGACCAUGAAGUCCUGAUUCACACAGUCUCCUCUGAAAAGUUGAUGUUGAGAUGUGUCUGUUCCUUGAACUCUGUGAAGCAUUUAUUUUGGCUGCAAUUUUUGAGGCCGGUAACUCUAAUUAACUUAUCCUCUGCAGCAGAGGUAACUCUGGGUCUUCCAUUCCUGUGGUGGUCCUCAUGAGAGCCAGUUUCAUCAUCGUGCUUGAUGGUUUUUGCGACUGACCUUCAUGUCUUAAAGUAAUGAUAUAUAAAAGACUGUGUACUAUUGAAUAGGCUAAGGUCAGUGUAUGACAGAAUUGCCAGAGGUGUAUUUGAGCUAAGAAACAUUUCACAGACAAACACGUUGUAAAAACAGCUUUAGGUUGACAAUGAAUGCUUUAGUGGUUGCCACUUCUCCAAAAUAUUGAGGGUUUCAUUUGACAAAAUGUCCCACACACACACACACACACACACACACACACACACACACACACACACACACACACACACAUACACAGACAUUGUAGAAACAGAUUUAGGUUGACAGUGAAGGCUUUGGUGGCUUCCACUUCUCCAAAAUAUUGAGGGCUUCAUUUGACAUGCUCUAGUCAGGUUCCUCCUGAUAUAAAAUCAUGACAACAAGGUGUAGUGCUUUAUCCCCCAUGAAAUGUACUCCGUAAACACUCAUUCAUUGGUUAAUAACGAUACUCCUUUAAUCUUUUCCUCCCAGGUAAUCAGUUCACUGGCUCCUUCUAUUCAUACUCCUCCUCAGAGUCCCACCCCACAGCAUUUACUAUGGAGCACAACAUGGCCACCCUUUCUGGUAAAGACAUAUUUAUUCUAUUACUACUAUAUUACUUAGUUACAACUUCUGCUGCUACUGCUACUGCUACUACUGCUACACCACUGAACAGUGCAAUGACAGCUGGACACAAAGGGCAGGAGUAGUAAGAUGUAGUGGAGCGUGCUGAAUUGUUAUCUCUUGUUACCAGAAGCUAUUUAUAGGACAAUUACUUCCCUAAUCUGGGUUUUAAUAAGGUCAGUUGUUUGUCAGUGAUGGAGCUGGAAACAGUGCUCAUAUUAAGGGUUUUAUAUUAGUAUAUUGUUGAUGUUUUAGAUGGGUGACUGUAGAGACCACUACAGUUAAAGUAACAUGAUUAUAAAGUUGUAAAUUUCAGUAGUUUGCUAACUACCUUUAUUCACUUUAUUUCUAUAUACACUGUUUGUACAUUCGUUUUCAGACAGCUGUCCACCUUGUUUUAUUUGGAAUACUUCUACUCACUCGUUUAUUCUCUAACAAUCUCCCCCCUCUCUCCUCCAGACUUCCGACUGCACGUGUCCCUGUUCUACCGUGAGUCUUUGGUCAAGAAGGUAACCACCUCUAGUCCUGAAGGCUGCCAGAUCACCUCUUCUUCCUCCUCCUCUUCCUCUCCGUCCUCCCCCUGCCCUGAGGACAAGCUGUACAGCGGUGCAGAAGUGGUGCUGUUCCCUUCCCCUUACCCCGAGUCUCAGAGGAGGGGGUCGGAAAAGCUACCCAAUGUCCUGGAGAGGGGUGUGCUCCUGUGGAUGGUGUCAGAUGGGCUCUAUGCCAAGCGGCUGUGCCAGAGCCGAGUGUACUGGGAGGGCCCGCUAGCCCCAUACACGGACAAACCCAACAAACUGGAGAAAGAACAGACCUGCAAGCUGUUUGACACUCAGCAGUUCCUCACUGGUGAGAAACAGUAUUUUGAUUGUGAUGAUGAUGAUAAUGGUGGUGGUGAUGAUGAUGAUAAUGAAGAUGAUUGGAGGAGGCCUACUGUAGAAUGCCGCUAAGAAUGUAAAAGUCCCUCUCCGUGCUGUGGUAUCAGUGGGUAAGAGAUUUGUCACAUUCUUAGCAGCGACCUUUCCGUGGAGUCUCUCCAUGAAACAGCCCCCGUUUUCAUGUGUAGCUCUAGUUUACAUGUGCACCACUCAUUUUUCACACGAAGGACUUCCUUUCAAAUGACUGGAAAAAGGUUUCACUGACUCCUCUUUCUGAUUCUGUGAACCUCUUUCUCUCAGCAUAGCAUGUUCCUUGCAGUGCUACUGUAUCACAAUACCAAUCCCUCUUAAGCUGAAGGUCCUUCCUUCACGAGCAAAGUAGCUGUUUUCAGCUGUUAGAGGGCAAACUGGUGAUUUGGGGUGAAAUAAGUCAAUAAACUCAUUGUACACUCCCUCCUUCCAGAGCUGCAGGGGUAUGCCCACCAUGGUCGUCCCAUGCCCAGGCACCAGGUGGUGCUGUGUUUCGGAGACGAGUACCCGGACCCCCAGCGCCAGACCAAGAUGAUCACAGCACAGGUACAGUACACUACAUACUUUCACUGUUUUACUGCAUUACGAUCAGUCGAAAAUGAGAAAGGUUUAAACAAAAUGAUUUCUCUAUAGCCUGCCUAGCCUUGUUAGUCAUGAUGUGAAAGGACUCUAUCAACUGGUUCCAAAUUGCUCCUACCCCUCUCCCUUGACCCCAAGUCAUCAAUGUUUGUAGAUCUGUAAGGUCUGGAUAUGUAUAAGCAGUGCAGUGCAUAUUGCUUACACCUUACAGAUUUGCAGAAACUAAGGUAGGGAGAGAUUUGGUAAAUGUGAGCAAUCUUUAUUAAUUAUCAUUCAUCAUUCAUAGAGUGACCUCUGUGUGUGUUGCAGGUGGAGCCAAUGUUUGCCAGGGACCUGUUGUACUUCACCCAGCAGAACAGCAGUCACUACCUGAGGGACUAUGAGCUCCAGGGACACACAGAGAGCUCACCUCCAGCUCCAGGAGACUACCAGAGGACCCUCCAACACAUGCAGGAGUAA